AGCCUCGUCAGGGGGACCGUCUGCAGCGCCCCCUUCUUUCCCGCUCCCUCCUGCCGCCCUUUCUCAUCUGUCCUCGGGUUCCUUAAAACUGUGCUAUGAAUGGUGAUUCUGGUGUGGGGGUGGUGACUUCACCACCUCCAACAACAGCCCCUCAUAAAGAGAGGUAUUUUGAUCGAGUUGAUGAAAAUAAUCCAGAUUAUUUGAGAGAGAGGAAUAUGGCACCUGACCUUCGCCAGGAUUUUAACAUGAUGGAACAGAAGAAGAGAGUCUCCAUGAUUCUUCAAAGCCCGGCUUUUUGUGAAGAACUGGAAUCUAUGAUCCAGGAACAAUUUAAGAAGGGGAAGAACCCAACAGGUUUAUUGGCUUUACAGCAGAUUGCGGAUUUCAUGACGACGAGUGUACCAAAUGUCUACCCUGCAGCACCACAAGGCGGAAUGGCUGCGUUAAACAUGAGUCUUGGCAUGGUGACACCAGUAAAUGAUCUGAGAGGAUCAGAUUCCAUUGCUUAUGAAAAAGGGGAGAAAUUGUUACGAUGUAAAUUGGCAGCUUUCUACAGAUUAGCAGAUCUCUUUGGCUGGUCUCAGCUUAUUUACAAUCAUAUAACAGCCAGAGUAAAUUCUGAGCAGGAGCACUUCCUCAUUGUACCUUUUGGACUGCUCUAUAGCGAAGUUACUGCAUCUAGUCUGGUUAAAAUCAAUAUUCAGGGAGAUGUAGUUGAUCGUGGAAGCACUAACUUGGGAGUAAACCAAGCUGGUUUUACUUUGCACUCUGCAAUUUAUGCAGCUCGACCUGAUGUGAAAUGCAUUGUUCAUAUUCAUACGCCAGCAGGGGCAGCGGUUUCUGCAAUGAAGUGUGGUCUCUUGCCAAUUUCACCUGAAGCACUUUCUCUAGGGGAAGUAGCUUAUCAUGACUACCAUGGUAUUUUAGUGGAUGAUGAAGAAAAGGUCAUUAUUCAGAAAAAUUUGGGACCUAAAAGCAAGGUCCUGAUUCUCAGAAACCAUGGCUUAGUAUCAGUUGGAGAGACUGUUGAGGAAGCUUUCUACUAUAUUCAUAAUCUAGUGCUUGCCUGUGAGAUUCAAGUACGUACCCUGGCCAGUGCAGGUGGACCUGACAAUUUAGUUCUUUUAGAUCCUGGAAAGUAUAAAGCCAAGUCUCGUUCCCCUGAGUCUCCAGCAGGUGAGGGUACUGUAUCCCAUCCAAAAUGGCAGAUUGGCGAACAGGAAUUUGAAGCUCUUAUGCGAAUGCUUGAUAAUCUGGGUUACAGAACCGGCUAUCCAUAUCGAUGCCCUGCUCUGAGAGAGAAAUCUAAAAAGUACAGCGAUGUUGAGAUUCCAGCUAGUGUCACAGGUUACUCCUUUACUAGUGAUGGUGAAUCAGGCACUUGCUCCCCACUCAGACACAGUUUUCAGAAACAGCAGCGAGAGAAGACAAGGUGGCUGAACUCUGGCCGAGGGGAUGAUGCUUCUGAAGAAGGGCAGAAUGGCAGCAGUCCCAAGUCGAAGACUAAGGUGUGGACGAACAUUACACACGAUCACGUGAAACCCUUGCUGCAGUCUCUCUCGUCCGGUGUCUGCGUGCCAAGCUGUAUUACCAACUGCUUGUGGACUAAAGAGGAUGGACAUAGAACUGCCACCUCUGCUGUCCCUAACCUGUUUGUUCCAUUGAACACCAAUCCAAAGGAGGUCCAAGAAAUGAGGAACAAGAUCCGAGAGCAAAAUUUACAAGAUAUUAAAACCGCGGGCCCUCAAUCACAGGUUCUUUCUGGGGUAGUUGUGGACAGGAGUCUUGUACAGGAUGCUCCCCUCUCAGACUGUACGGAAUCUAUUGAAGGGCUCGAUCUCACAGAGCAGGCCUUUAGUCCCGCUAAAUCUCUGUCUGUUAGAAAGGGAGAACUGGUGACUGCGUCAAAGGCAAUAAUUGAGAAAGAAUAUCAACCAAAAGUCAUAGUGAGCACAACAGGACCAAAUCCCUUCAAUAAACUCACUGAUCGAGAACUGGAAGAAUAUCGCAAAGAAGUAGAAAGAAAGCAGAAGGGACCAGAAGAACCUUCAGAAGAUGGCAGGCAACAGAAAGAGAGAAGUCCCCCUGACCACACUUCAGCUCGCACUCCUCCCAGUACCCCGAUUAAAAUAGAGGAAGAGACACAGCAGGACCAGACUUACAAAGAUGACAGUGACGCUGCAACUUUCAAGCAAACCCUCCCAGAUCUCACCCCUGAUGAGCCUUCAGAAGCACUCAGCUUCCCUCCCUUAGGAAAGGAGGAAGGGAGAUGUGAUGAAGAUGUGCCCAAAAGCCAGACGGAACCACCUGCAGUGGAAAAUAAGGAACCCCAGUCUCAACCCGCUGAAGAGCCAGUAACACCAACAGCUGAGGAGGGGACAGCGGCUGAUGCAGGUAGUGAUGAAUCUCCAGGGAAGUCCCCAUCAAAAAAGAAAAAGAAGUUUCGCACUCCUUCCUUCCUGAAGAAGAGCAAAAAGAAGAGUGACUCCUAAAGGCCAAACACACUGCAGAAACACUGUCAUAUUUUAAAAUCCAUUAACCACUAGAAUGUACCAGAUCGUACUGAGUGUUUUGUCUUAUUAUGUAAAUGAAUGCAACAAGUAAUCCAACCAGCCCCUCAAGUUAUGGCUUGAUUGUUUAAGGUUAUAACCAGAAACUAAUGUCCAAAAAGGUGCUAAUCCUGUGUUUUCAGCAGCUACCACAGAUCUGAUCCCUAAUUUGUAAGCAAAUGUAAAUGACUUCCGUGUGGAAGGCAUUGAAUCGCUAUUUUUAAUUUAAAGCCCGCACUGCUUUACAAAAGAACAAAAGGAUUUUCACAAUUAAAAAUAAAACACGCAUUGCUUACCACAAGAA